AUGUCUUUAUCACAAUUAUCAGUUCUUUCUGCUCACACAGCUGUUUCUUUCGACGAUGGAGAUCUUCAAAAAUUGCAACCAACUCCACCAAUUUCAAUCUUCCUUGCAAUCGAUGAUCAAAAUCUGCCAAAUGCAGCCGAAUCUCGAAAUGUUUUCAAUUUCGAGAACAAAUUAUAUUUUGAAGUUGCUGAAGUGAUUGAGAUGGGAGUCAAACGUGUCUAUUUGAAUGUUUCAACUAUAAAUCCGGCUGAAUGGAAUAUUUUGGUUCAAAUGAGAAUCAAAACUGGAGGUGGAAAUAAUGCGAGCGGAUUGCAUGUGGUUGAUAAAGAUGUCUUCAAAUUCGACACUUUUUCAUAUCCUUUAAGUGUUGAAGUUCAAACAGAUGAGGUCAGAUUCAUCAAAUUCGAAAUGCGAGUUCUAAACUUCGUGAGUUUUGCAACUUUUUUCGUUUAAUAAAAACAAUUCUGAUUUUCUUUGCAGAUGCAUCUAGAACUCCCAAAAUUCAAUGAAGGAGAUGAAGUUAUUGAAUUUGAUAAUGGCUCAACAAUCCGCGUUCAUUCAAAUAUUCUAGGCCUUUUGUCUCAAUACAUGGGUAAAAAGAAAACUGGAGAAAUUUUUUAAUGUUAUUUUUUUUCAAAUUUCAGCAACAUCUGAGAAAAUUGCCGCUGAACGUCAAGCUAUGAUCAAAGCAACAUCGACUGAUAAAUCAGCCUUUCUCGAAUUAUUGUACCAAGUCUAUCCAACUCGUCGUCCAAUUUAUUCAUCUUUUCGUGCACUUUGUGCAGCGGCAGUUGGAUAUAAAUGUGAUCAAUUGAUCAAUAAAUUAUCGAUUCAUCUCAUUAAUUAUAAUCAUCGAGCUGUGAGUUUGCAUAGGGAUCUUUAGAAUUCUAGACUGCAUUAAAGUUUUUUCAAAAUAUUUCAGAUGACAUUUCAACAACGUUUCCAAGCAGCCAUUGAAAAUCGUUUGGAACCAGCAAUUCGCGAGUUGGCUUUUCGUGCAUCGAGAGAUGGAACUUGGAGCAGAAUGAUUUUGCAAGGUUUUGAACCGGAAAAUUUCUGCGGAAAAGAUGUUUAUACCAAAAUUGUUUGUCCAGCUGUCUUCCUUGGUAAAAAUGCGCCAGCCGAUGUAACAACUUUGACUGAAACAAAUGAUUAUCCAAACUUUUUGGAUAAAAAUGUAUGUUGCUAUGAUUAUAAAGCGAAGUCAUAUUUUUAAUAAUUUUCAGGAAAAUGAUACGAGCAAAUCUGUCAUCAUGUUCCGCGGCACUCCAUUUUACAUCAAUAGUGGACUUCUCACCGCCUAUGGUUCUUCACAAUUUUGUAUUGGUGCAAAUGGUGAAUUUGUUGCUAGAUAUACAACUGAUUUCCAACGUGAAUGUUCAAGAGAGAAUUUGUUGCCUGGUGAAGUUUUAUUGCAAUUACUUGCGUAUAUGCAUCCAUUUGGCGCGGUUCCAAAUUAUAAUAUGAUUCGAGCUUGUAUUGUAUUUGCACACGAUCACGGAUGGAAUGUUUUGAAAGAAAAUUUGGAGCAAGAAAUGGAGCCGCCAACAACAGCUGAUGAAUAUAUGUCACAAUUGGUUUUUGGCGAGAAAUAUGGGUUGAUGAAUUUGAUGAGAGUCAAUAUUCAAAGAGCUGAGUCAAGGUAUUAUUUUUUUUUAACCCAUAAAAAAUACUCAUAAAAUAUAUUUUCAGCUGCAAAGAUCUGGCAGAACAACUAGAACGUCACGGAGUUCUUCGUAGACUCUCUGAAAAAACUCACGAAUCAAUUAUGGAUCGAAUGUGUAGUGGAUGGGGAUUGAAUCCGCUUGUGAAUCGUCUUGCAACUCGAAUUCCAACAACAUUCAAUAAUCGUUUGGUCAAUCUUCAAAGAGGAAGAGCAAUUGUGAUUGGAGAAGGAAGAGCUAUCGAUACUUUGAACUCAAUUCAAUCUGAUUAUGCUUUUGGAGAAAUUAACGAAUUGGUUGUCGUUGAUUGA